AUGAAAGGUAUCAUUAAUAUUGGCGCAUUUAAAUCCCAACCGAUUGUCCAGCAAGACCUUAAACGUCUUCGUCUUAGAUCAACUCCAUUCUGCAUAUCUGUUUUAUUUUAUAUCUUAGGCGUCAUUUACUUAAUUUUAGUUUCUUAUUAUGGCUAUACUCUCCAAAACAUUCAAGAAUAUACAAAGCGUUACGAUGAAGAAUGCAGUAAUAAAUCGUCUUGCAUCGUUAAUAUCACAAUUGAAGAAAAUAUGAAAGGACCCAUCGCUUUAUACUAUAAAUUGACGAAUUUCUAUCAAUUGCACAGAACCAUUGCCAACAGUUAUUCGGCUCAGCAACUUCGUGGACAAAACGCUACAGAUGAACAACUUCAAAAAUGUCAACCAAGGACUUUUAUCAACUAUACAGAACAUAUGGCAAACAUUUACGUACCUUGCGGACUUUUACCAGCUGCCGUGUUUAAUGAUACAAUAAGCCUUCUCAACUACAGUUCUUUCGAUGAAAGUGAUAUUACUCUUAGUAUCGAUAGUUCAGAUCUUUAUUUAGCCCCUAAUGAUACCUAUGCAAAUUCUUCAAAAUGGCUUAGAGAUUCGGGCUUAUUCCCUCAAGGAAUUCAAGAUCAACAUUUUAUUGUUUGGAUGAGGCAAUCCGCUUUCGCACCUUUCAGAAAAUUAUAUGCUGUAUCUAAAUCCGACCUUCCUAAGGGCACAUACGCCGUUUUAAUUCAAAAUAAUUAUCCAACUACAUUUUUCGGUGGACAAAAGUACUUUAUUAUCUCUCAAAUAGGAAUGUUCGGAACAGUUAAAAUAGGUCCAACAGUCGUUUUUGCUGUUCUUGCAUUCUUCUUUUACGUUGCUUCCGCUAUUGAAGGAUACAUCGGCUGGAGAAGGACCAAGCCAAGCUCCAACUUCCAUCCAGACAGACUUAAGACCAUGUUCGUUGAUACAAGUGCUAACUAA